AUGUUUUUGUUCAAGGCUAAAGGUUUUGACCCAGACGAUUUUGAGGCCGAACUCAAGAAGGUCACCAAUAAAAUUUCAUACAAUGAGAAACGACUCAAAAAACUCAAAGUACAAAAGAAACACUAUCAGAAGAUACUGUUACUGUAUCUGACUGCAGGCUAUGUUGCAUACUUUAGUUAUGUUUACUAUAUGGAGGGGAAAAUAAAACAACCCAAAGUCAUCACGACUUUGAUCCUGAGCCCCCUUGCCAUUGGACUGUUAUAUUACACGGUUUUGACCGUGUACAACUAUCUGAUCAACAACAAGGAGAGUUAUAUUGAGUUUUUGAAGGCUGAGCAUAACGAAAAGCUUUCUACGUUGAAGGAAAAGACCAAUUUUGACAAGACGAGAGAUUUACUUGCCCGUUUUUCGGACGGCGAAGACUUAAAAGCGAUGGAAAAGGAGGCUGAUGAUAUCCGUCGAAAGAAGCUCGAAUACAUGCAAAUGAUACAGGAUGGAGAGAAGGGGAAAAUCUUGGAGGACCUUCAAAAGCAGCAGCAUUCGAACAGCGGGUUCUAUGAUCACUUUCUAAACGCUCUUUUGGGUGAGAACGAACUGGGGCCUGACAAGAGAUACGCCUUGAUCUGCACCAACUGUCUGGCGCAUAACGGGCUCGCACCACCAAAGAAGUUGCCCGAGGAGGUCAAGUACGUGUGUCCGAACUGCGGGUUUUUGAACGGCACGAAAGACGCAAAGAAAGGUGAUCCAGUGGAUCAAAACGGCACGCCGCCAGAGGUGAAAGCCGAAAAGGAGAGCUCGAAGGGGAUUGAGUAA